AUGGACCUUGUUAAUGAAAGGGACCAAAAUGGAAACAUCACCAAAGCGGCGCCCACAUUCGACUACAUUGAAAACAAGGCAAUUGAAGAAGAGCAUAGAAAGGGACAGCUGCGCAAACACCAACAGAACAAGAACCCAAGACUAAAGGAUCAAAAGAAACACGGAAAGAGCCACAAGUCAAAUCCAGGCAACUCACAUCCUGGCAGACGCAAGCCGUUGAAGAGGCGGCCCUCCACGGAUGACGAAGAUGACGAUAUCGGUGGUCCAAGAGAUCCAAAGAAGCCCACCUUCAUGGCGACAAAAGCCUCCGGAGAAGAUGUCAAUAAAGCAUUCGGAAAGGACGUCGAAGGCAACUUCGCCCUGCGGUGCUAG